AUGACUCCACAAUAUCUACGCGAUGAACAUACAUUUAUUCCGAUAGAAAUAGAAGAAAAUGAUAUUUAUUCCGGAGUGUUAAAAGUAUUACACGAGAUAAGACCUGAAUGGCCUCAAGAACAUAUUAAUUUAAAGGUUUUUACAGACGGUUUAACAAAUAAAUUGAUAGCCUGCGAAUUAAAGCACACGAAGAAAAUCGAUAGUAAUAUAGUGUUGAUCCGCAUUUAUGGAAAUAAAACGGAUUUAUUAAUUGAUAGGACAGCAGAAGUCAGAAACAUAACAACUCUUCAUAAACUGAACUUAGCCCCUGAAAUUUAUGGCGUUUUUAAAAAUGGUCUGGCAUACCAAUACUACCCUGGUGUUACACUUAAUGUUGAUACUGUAGUUGAUGUCAAGAUAGCCGCUUUAGUGGCUAAACAAAUGGCUAAAAUGCACAAGGUUGAAUUAUGUGUGGAUAUAAAGAAAGAGCCCAUGAUUUGGGACAAAAUUGAGCAGUUUCUUUGCUUAGUACCUGAACCAUUUACGAACUCUUUAAAGCAAAUUAGAUUUGCGAAUAGUUUCGGAUCGAUUACAAGACUACGGAUAGAGUUUGAAAGACUAAAAUCGCACUUAAUAAGAACAGAGAGCCCGGUAGUAUUUGCUCACAAUGAUUUGCUUCUAGGAAACGUGAUCUACAAUGAAAGUAGUGGGACUGUGUCGUUUAUAGAUUAUGAAUACGCGGCAUAUAAUUACCAAGCGUUUGAUAUCGCAAAUCAUUUCAACGAGUUUGCUGGUCUGUCUUUAGACGACAUGGAUUACGGCCGGUAUCCAAAGAAAGAUUUUCAAAUGUUUUGGAUACGUACGUACCUGGAGGAAUAUUUGGAAACCACGGAGACUGAGAUAAUAUUAUCAAAAGCUGAAGAGAUUUGGAAAGAUACUCAAAAGAUGACAUUGGCAUCGAAUUUCAUGUGGGGUAUUUGGUCUCUAGUUCAGUUUGAGCAUUCAACCAUCGACUUCGACUUUGGCAGGUAUGCGGAAAUUCGCCUGAAUAGAUACUUCGAGUCAAAGGAUGCAUUUUUGAGUACCUAA